AGAGACUAAACACUCCGCGGCCUAGUGCCCAGAUAGCGUGGCUAUGUUCUUUCUGUUGUUGCUGUAAUUGCAGCUAUCAUGUCGACUAAAGGCGACGAUGGUGCGAGCAGCCGGGGCGGCAGCUCAAGGGGGGAAAGCUCUGGCGCGGGCUCACAGACCAGCUCGCAAAGGAGCGACGCCAAGUUCCUGAAGCUGAGAGACAGGGCGGCGAAUGACCGGGAGGAAGGCGAUCUGCUCGAGCAAAAGCGGUCGAUGCAAGAUGGCGUCUUCCAAUGCAUGUACACGCUUGUACGGCAGUCAGCUCUGGGCAGUUGGAAGUUCGCGGUGCUAAAGGUCAUACUGGAAGGCCUGAUGGUGGGUCGCGCUGGCUUCAUCGUGGUGUUCAACCCGUCGAUUGUGACCUGGAAGAUCAACACCAGCAACCCCAUAUGGCAGGUCAUUCGGUGGACGGUGUGGCGCAGCCCCAUCAUGCGCAUCUACGGCUACGACACCUACAUUAAGGUGCUGUACUUCAUGGUGGUGGCCGUCUUCGUGGCGGUGCUGGGCCUGGUGUGGCUGACGCUGGCCAUGCGCAAGCAGGAGCAGAGCAAGUGGCUCAAAACGGCGUCCAAGAUCAUGCACGUGAUGUACGACCUGAUCUUCAUGAUGCUCUACGUUUCGUUCUUCGACUACUUCGUCUUCACCGCCAACUGCAACUUUGCGUCGCCCGUGAAGAACCACGUUUACUUCGAGAGCGUUAUGUGCCUGGAGAUGCCGCACAUCCUGCACAUGGCCGUGGCCUGCGUGACCGCGUGCAUCUUCUUCUGCGUCACGGCACUGAUGGUCGUGGCGUCGUCGGACCUUAACCCGGUCUCGCAGGGCUACCUCGCCUCGCCCGCCGCAGUCACCCGCCUCAAGAUUCUGACGGCCAAGGCCAUCUACAUCAUUGUGGCGGAUGACAUGCAGAGCUGGCCGAAACCACAGGCGAUCGCCAUGGUGUGGGCCGUGGGCCUGAUCUGUUGGUGGAACUUCCGCCGCGUGCCUUUCUAUCGGCCCUACAUCAACGUGGUGUGGUGCCCCAUGUGGGUCGGCAUCCUGUACACGUGCUCGCUGCUGCUGCUGGUGGUUUUCGGCCACAACAAAACCCCGGAGCACAAGCAUGAGAUGACCAUGAACGUGCUGUACGGCAUCUUCCCGGUAAUGGCGGGCGCCAUGGGCAUCACGGCCGUGCACUACUGGUGGGUGAUGCGGCCGGCCAAGCUGUUCAAGAACAUGCAGCCCGGCAUGAAGGCGUCCAAGGUCUACAAGCUGGACGACUUCAACCAGGUGGAGCUGCUGAGUCGCGUUAUGCGCAAGUUCGACGUCGACGGCGAUGUGGAGCCAGAUGCGGCCGCCCUGGGGGAGGUAGUCAUCAAGGCUGGUAUGCAGCUCUUCCCCAACCACCCUUACCUUCAUAUCCUGUACGCCAACUUCCUGUUGGAAGUUCGGAAGGACGGCCCCGCGGCUCGCACACAGCUGCAGCUUGCCUCCAAGCACUCACCAGGCAUCAUCUACCGCUACCAGAUCUUCUGCACGGGCGAGGCGUCCAAGCGCCUCAAGGACAGCCAGGACGGCGGCAUGGACCUGCAGGCCUACAUCGAGUUCAGGCGCAACUUCAGGGCGGUGCUGCGCGUGCACAAGGAGGUGCUGAUGCUGCAAGGUGACCUGUGGACGCUGAUGAUGAAAUCCACAGUCACUGUGCGUGAGGUCGACAAGGCGUUUGAUGCGCUGGAGGCUGGCACCGCACGGGCACACCAAGUGUACAAGAGGGUGCUGGAGCGCUACCCCACCAACGGCAAGCUACUGCGCUGCUACGGCAAGUUCCUGGAGGACGUGAAGCACGACCCCGUUGCAGCCACACGUGCCUACAACGAGGCCUCGCGCAACGGCGGCGGCGACGCCAUCAUGAACCUGGACCUGAGCGCGGUGCAGGGCUCCGCGGACAAGCCCGAGUUCCUGACGUCCAUGUCGAUGGAGGACGACGCCGUGAUCGUGAUCAACGCCGAAGGCACCAUCAUGAUGGUCAGCCAGGCCGUGCAAAAGGUGUUUGGCUACCCGAAGACGGAACUGGAGGGUGCCAACGUUGCACUGCUCAUGCCGCAGCCCUCCAGUCAGCGCCACCCCAGCUACCUCACACGCUACGUGAACGGUGGCGAGCCGCACAUUCUGGACACCGUCCGUGAGGUGGUGGGCCUGCACAAGGAGCGCUACGUGUUCCCCAUGCAGCUGUGCGUGACCAGAAUGUCCGGAACCGGUAGCGACAGCGUGUUCCUGGGCGUGGCGAGACCCAUGGUGGCUAAUUCCCUCAACGUGCGCGCAUGGGUCUCCCCCAACGGCACCUUCCUGUGCGGCGACCAGAUGUUCGCAAGCAUGUGCGGCAUAGCCGAGAGCGAUCUGGUUGGCCGCUCACUGGCGUCCCUCUCGGCCGGGCCUGAGAUUGACAUUGAGACGCUGCUGGACCGCUGCCGCGACGCCACGGCCGCGGAUAUGGCCUCGGGUUUGAUAAAGGCGGAGGUGCUGUUUAAGCACCGGUUCCUGGACCCCGUGCCCGUUGACGUCACGCUGGGCCUGGCUGGCACGGACGGGCAGCGCAUCUACGUGCUCAACUGCCAGCGGACUGACGGCCAAGAUGGCAAUAUCAUGGUUGUUGACCAGCACCUGCGGCUGAGGUUCUGCUCGGCGGGCAUAUCAACGUUGCUGGGGUUCCCGCUGCGCAAGUUGGCGACCAUGAAGCUGGACCAGCUGCUGCCGACGCCGUACAACACCAUGCACAACAAGUGGAUCAAGGACACGUCCGCCAACAUCCCGCCCACCAGCUGCCGCGCGGGCAAGGUGGUGCACCUGCUGAAUGAGAACAACUCCCAGGUGCCCGUCAAGAUCAAGAUCCGCACGGCGGCCGGCGAGGACGGCGCCAGCACGCUCCAAGUCGUGCAAGUCGACAAGGUGGGGCAAGACGAAAUCCACGACGAGAAGCGCCUGGUGAUCACCGCCGACUUCAACGGCCAGGUCGUGUCCGUGGAGCGGCCCGAGGCGUCCGUGUUCGACUUCGUGGCUGGCGACCUGGUGGGCACCAGCCUGUGCGACACGGUGGACAUCUUUACGGACUGGCGCGAGCGCAACGGCGAGAGCCAGCUGCAGCUGCUGAUCCUGGCACUCCUGGACAAGGAGCAGGAGAUGCCAGGCGCCUCGUGGCGUGUGCGUGUCAAGCCGCCGCCCAGCGCUGCGGUUCCAAACCUGCCUGCCAUCGCUGGUGCCACUGGUGCGGCGAAAAGCAAGGGCCCCAUCUCCAAGUCCGCCUGCCUGCAGGUGGAGCUACACGAGGGAGUGGAGCAGGAGGGCGACGACGAGGAUGCUACCCGCAUCAGGGUGACGCUGUGGCGGCGCGACCUGCUGUCGGGCGUGGUGGAGUUGGACGAGGGGCUGGUCGUCCGCAAAGCCUCCUACAUGACCGGCCUGAUCGUGGGAUGGCCGGCGAACUACAUGAUCAAGAAGCCCCUGCAGCGGUUUCUGGAGAUCCCCGAAGAAAUCUCCUGGGACAAGCUGGUUGCGGCCAACUCCAAGGGCCACAACAAGAAGAAGGGCGCGCUCAAGACUGCCAGCAACCGCGGCACCAUUAGCCCGGUCAUGGCCUUCAUCGGGCCGCAUCCCGACACCGGCACCAUGCGCAUUCUGACGCAGGGCGUGGAGACGCUGGCCCCCGGCGGCCGGCCCAAGAUCACCAUCACCAUGCAUCCGGACACGCAGUUCGCGGGCGCGCACGCCAACCUCAUGCGCGUGCUGCACCUGGAGGGCACAGACCACACCGGUGCGCGCUCACUCCAUGCCGGCCACGGGCACGGCGAGGUGCACACCACGCAUGCCGCGGAGGCGCACGAUGGCGAUGGCGCUGCCAAGGAGGGCGGGGUGUCUCCGGAUCCUGCCGCUGAGAUGGCUGGUGGGGAUGCAGACGGUGGCAGCCAGGAUGGUGUCGAUGACGCGCGUGGACGUCACAGCAGCGACGGCGACGGCAGCGGCAGCGAGCACUCCAAGGGCCGCAAGGACGGCUCGGAGGACCUGGAGGCGAAGGGCCAGGCCAAGCUGCACAGCCGCGCCGCCAGCAAGUCGGACUUUGUGGCGCAGUGGGUGCGCACACUCACCAACAAGAACAGCGGGGCGCUGGAGGCUCACCAGCAGCCGCCACCCAUUGAGCGCCGUAGCAGCAGCCCUGGGCUAGUCGGCAACUUGCCGGCCGGGCAGCUGUCAGGCGGGCUGGCUCCUAUCCCGGAGGACGGCGCUGCGGACGCGGGUGGCACGUCAUCAAAGAAGGGGCCACAGGCCGCCAAGACGUUCGGGCGCCUCACCUCUGGCGAGCCGUGGGCCCUCGGCUCAAAGCAGGGCUCCCGGGCCAUUGAGUCUCCUGCUAUGGGCAAGAGCCGGCGGACGACAGCAGACCUCAAUGACGCCCCGGGUCCCGGCGAGGAGGGCUUCGGCGGCAAGAAGGACAAGGGCGAGGAGUGGGAGAAGGCCAGUGAGGGCGGUGAUUCCAGCGCCUCGGGCAGCCAGGCGGCAAGCGGCAUCACAAGUGUCACGGACGCGACAUCUGUGAGCGAGCUGCAGAUCGACUCGCGGCGCGGGCGGCUGCUCAAGGCGCUGACCAAGCUGCUGUGCGGCCCCAUGCUGAUGGAGCCGCUGGAGAGGCUCAGGCUGCACAGCUACGUGAUCAUUGCUAUUAUGCUGGUAACCCACGUUGUCACCUACGUCAUCAUCAUCAAUGAGAUGUCCACGGAGCACCACGACAUCAACCUGGUGGCGCGCCAGGCGCUGGCCAUGGACCGCUCGCAGCUGAUUGCCGUGCGCGCCAUGAUGGGCGCAUACUGCGAGCGGCCCAACGUGACUGCCAAGGUCUCCGUCUGCGCCAACAGUCUGAACUUCACACUGGAGAAGCUGAGGACAAACAUAAACCUCAUGGAGGAGCACCACCAUUUCGUGUACCUGGGCGACUCGGCUAAGACAACAGUCAAGCUGAUGCCCGGAGUAUACGAGGUCUGGACGAGGGACAAGGCGCCCUACAUGACAUACCUGGAUACUAAUCCCCCGCGCGAGAUGGACCACGCCGCCGCCGUCUGGGUGAUGGGCUCGCAGUUCCUUGCGAACGCACGCGAGGCGCUCUACUGGCUACCGACCAUAAAGGAGGAGUACCGGCUGCACCGCACCUUCAACUUCUUGAUUAAAAACGGCUUGGGACCGCUCUUCAAGGCGUACGCCCACUCCCUCGACCUGCUGGUGGACGCGGCAUGGAAGUCAGUCGACACGCUGAUCGUCACGCUCAUCGUUCUGCUGGUGGUGGAGGCGCUGGUGAUCCAGGUGGCGUGCCUCAUCUACGAGUGGUACAUGGUGCAGAAGAUGGAGCACGCACGCCUGACCGGCAUCCUGGCCAUGGUGGGCCUGCCGGGCCCCAUCCUGCGCCAGCUGGCGACCAAGGAGGCCAAGGUGCUGGACGACAGCGACGAUGACGAGGACAGCGACAGCGAUGACGAUGACGAGCGGGAGGAGAGGAAAAUCGCCGACAAGGGUGGCAGCAAGGGCGAAGCCGAUGCUACCAGCAGCAAGCCCUCUGGCGUGCGGCACCCCGACGGCGGCGACGGCCUCCCAGCACCGCCGGCAGCAGAAGGCGGCGAGCGGUCGCUUGCGGCUUCCAAGUCGCGCAAGAUGCUAAGCCUGAAGGAGCGCGGCGAGGUUGAUGAGAAGCAGCAGCAGCAGCCGGCGGCCAAGGCGACCGCAGCGGCGGCGGAUGACGCAGACGACAAGGCCCUGAAGCACCAGCACACCAACAUGUCUUCCGAGUCGGGCAGCAGCAUGGGCGAGGGCGGGAAUACGGCGGCCCACAACAAGCAGGGCCCCAAGGUAGCCCAGCAGGCGCCGAUGAUGAUGUCCGGCAAGAAGAGCGCGGCCCGGUCCAGCAGCCGCUCCGCCCACGGCAUGCACAUCAAUGGCAAGACGCUGGUGCCCUCCUGGCGCAACGUGAUAAAGUUCGUGGGCCCAUUCGUGCUCUGGAACAUCGCCCUCAUCAUCGUGUACGUGGUCAGCUUGAUGCAGCUCAAAAACAUGCAGGGCCCGCUGGCGUCGCUCAACAUGGCAAGCCACAUCAUCUACCGCUACACGCGCGUGCGCGCCGUUGCCUUCGCCUUCGUCUCAGCGGAUGACAAGGGGCCCCGCGAGGGCUGGCGUGAGCUGUUGAAGACGGAGCUGAACAACUUCAACAGCGAGUACAAUGCGCUCAUGUAUGGCGGCACGCCCAUUACGCAGGUCGACGCCAUAUUUAACCAUCCCGUCCCAGCCUCGACCUUUGCGUCCGCGUCCUUCGCCACCGGGUUCUUUCGGGCCAAGCGCUGCUUCCGCUACGACCAGAGCGCUUGCUUCCAGGAGGGCCAUCAGUACUACGAGGUGACACACAACGGCCUGGAUGUCAUGGUGCGGCGCAUGCUAGCAGAGAUGACCCUGCUUGUAGAGGACGCCGAUGAAGACGUGGCGUACAAUGGCACGCGCUACCAGUACAUGGCUGCGGUUGGCGGCAACGACCUGUACGAGGGGCUGCAGCAGGCGGCGCAGCUUUUUGUGGACUACUCUAUUGGGAAGUACAACCAGGUUGCCGACCUGCACACGAUCCUGCUGAUCGUCACAAUUUUUGUGCUCAUCUUUUUCAUCCUCUUCAUUCUGUGGCCGCACCUGGCCCGCCUCAAAGCCGACGCAACGCGGCAGAGCGCUCUGCUGAGCCACGUGCCGCCCGAGCUGGACGUGAGGGCGCACGUGAAGUCCGUGUUCCGACGCACUGUGGACAAGAAGGGUCCGAAGAAGGGCCGUGCGUCAGAGCCUGGCGUGUCGUCAGCUCCGUCCGUGUCCACUGCCGCAAUUGUCAGCGCAUGAGGAUUGGGUGGGUCUAGUAUAUUCAAGUAAAGGGUUGCACGUGCACGGUGCAUUCAUGCUUACGCCACAAGACUGGUCUAGCUGACGUUCGCAGACGUGCGUGGCCACAUUGCAGGGAACCAUGUUAGGGCUCCAUCUGCAAUGCCUUGACGUGACCGAAGUGUGACAUUACAUCUUGUCGCUCGACUCUCAAACUGUAUUGGCUGCGGUUGUUUUUUGGUCCUCGUCUGGCUAACCGAGAAAGAGGCCAGGAGAAGAUAAAAGGCCCGGACGGUAGCCUCGCUCGGCAUGGGGCUGGGGACUUGGCUGCGGUUGAGAAUGCUGUAAGUAGUAUGGUGAUGGCGGUGCUGCGUGUCUUUGUUUGUGCAGGCUCAGUGCGACCGCCAAGUUUUAGAAUUUCUGCAGUUGCUUGGCGUGUGUCCUGUGCCGUUUAUCCUGUGUUUGCGAAGAACCUUCCUUGCUUGUCGAAGAAGACUGCUCGCGUGCCUCGACAGGUAUGGGUACGACGCAUGAAUAGGACAUCCCAGCAAUAAAUGGGCCUUGAUGUCUGGUGUUAAGGGUAUUGGUGCCAUGAAGAAGGGCGUAUUGUGCGGCGUGCGGUGUGCCGCAAGCACUUCUACCAGCUAUGCAUAGCCCUGCUCACCAGCCAGGGACGCGGUGAAAUCUGUUGCUGCUGUCAUGCCGUGAGUCGGUACGGAGAAGUGCACCCUAAUGUGGUGUAUUAUGAUUACAUCCGGAAAGGAUGAGAUGCUUACUCGGAAGUCCGCCUGACCGGCCUAACAAAGCCAUUGUGUUACUGUAGCUGCUGGGGUGGUGAGGUCUGGGCCACCCUGGCGGCGGGGGAGGUGGAGGAGGCGCAUAUGGCUAUUAGGCUAUAGACACCCUUGAACACAUGCCGUUCGGAAUUAAGUCCGUCAACGACGGGAGGCCGCUUCGGCUGCCGAUAGCCAUCAUGCACCUCGCCACCGACACCGAAUGUCUGGGCGCAUAGGGCGAAGGCGGUCCCGUCGCUGGCGCGCGGCGCCUGGACGAGGGGUGGGCCUAAGGACCUUGGUUAACCCCGAGACCUGGAGAACAUGAGAAGGCCGCGGGCAUGUAACAAGUUUUGAUG